CACUGUUUACUCUUAUAAAAAAUACUUGCUGGUUUAGUGCUAGAGUUUGAGGCCAAAUUAAGGGAAGAAUAAUAGAAUGCCAUUGUAUGACCUGAAGCGGUGAUUAUUGGCUUGAUUGUGGACCUAGCAGAAGUUUCAGGUUUCUAAAUGGCUGCACUCAGCUGUACUGUGAGGUUCCCCUAGUUAUUUAACUUCCUGGCAAAUGCCUGUAGUGUAUUCAAGUAUGCCACUUAGCACAGGGGUCAGCCUCCUCAAAUACACCGUGUUCCCUGCAUUUUUACAGACUUUUCAGUGUUUACCUCAGUACAUUGUCCUCUUUGCAUGAUUUUAGGUAGUUCUACUGAGGAGCAAACAAGCUGACUGCUACUUACUGCAGUCCUGCAGCUCAUUCUUGUAUUUCUCCUUUCUAUCGUGUGUACUGAGGUACACAUGAGGUAUGGAAAUAAGAAAGCUGCAGGGAGCUGGAUCAAAGCCCAGCUAGCACACUGGCUGUUCCAUAAUGGGCUGACAGUGUUACAGGUGUGCCUCUCACAGAAAACAGAGGAGGAUUUGUGGCAUAGUAGGUUCUACCUCUUUAUUAGAUCUUCUGCUAACUAGAAUUGAGGCAUCCUGUGGUUUAAUUAUUUGUCAUUAAUAGUUCUGGAGCUUCCUGGUAUCCAUAUAUUUUUUUAAAGCAUUGUUAGGUUCUUGGUUUUAAAGUCCUGUAGCAGAAAACUGUGGAACUUCAUGAGCUCUUGAGGUGAUUUUGUCUUCAAGCACUGCUUCUGAACUCUUCUGUUGGAAAUCUUCUUCCCCUUCCAUUGGAAGCAGCCUUUUGUAAGAUGACAGAGACAAAGCAAGGACUGGGCAGCAAUUGUGGCAAACUGCAGUUAAAAAAAUGACAACACUUUAUAUUGAUGGCAGCAAAACUAAAUGGUAGAAGUUUCACACUCUGGUCGCUGGUCACACUAGGUAUGCCAAAGAGGCAAGUGCCCUCAAAGCUGGGAGUGUGUUUAUGGAACUUAAAAAGGACCAUGUUCUCCUGCAGGGCAGCAGGAAACUGUUCAGUGUGCUCAGGCUCAUUCCAAGGUUUCUUGUGUUGAGAAUGCAGUAAUCCGUGUGGAUCUAUCAAGAUGCAGCUUUUUUAUCAAACUACUUUUUCAUAAAUGAAGUGACUCUAUAAAAUAAAUAUUUAAAUAUGUCAAAGGCUGUGUUUUGUCAUAUUUCUUUACAUGUGCUCUGUAUCAAAAAUGGACCAUAAACCCACUAAUCCAGAAAAUUAUGCCCUUCUGUCAGGUUCAUGUGAUGCCAAGGGCCAAAAAGCAAGUAAGCUCAAUGACUGGGAUGUGGACAACAGAGAUGGAUGAGAAGAAGCCUUGCAGCUGCUUCUUAACAGAGUACAGUCAAAGAAUUGAGAUAAUGAGGAUUUUAAUUGUCAUCUUCAGCAGCAACUUCGAGGGGGCAGAGCUGGCAGGUCUUUUUCAUCAGACUUUUUAAAGCCUGGUUUUCUGUGGUCGCUGAAAUGAUACUUCAGUCACGAGUGAGAGCCACGGAACUUCACCUCUGCCUGUCUUGCCGGAUAAGCCUGGAGACGGCUUCCUGCUGCGCUCCCCCGGCGGAAGCGGGGAAAGAUUGCCCGGCUCGCUCGCCCUAUGGAGCCGCCCCGCUCCCAGGGCCCGCCCCGGCCUCGGGCCCGCCCCGGCCACAGUCCAGCCGAGACAUGGAGCCGCAUCUGAGCUUCCGCGGCCGGCGGGCCCUGGUGACUGGGGCCGGCAAAGGGAUCGGUCGCGCUGUGGCCGUGGCGCUGAGCAGGGCCGGGGCUCGCGUGACCGCGCUGAGCCGAACGGCGGCGGACUUGGAGAGCCUCACGCAGGAGUGCCCGGGCAUCGAGACCCUCUGCGUGGACCUGGCGGACUGGGAGGCUGUGGAGGCGGCGGUGGGCGCAGCGGGGCCGUUCGAGCUGCUGGUUAACAACGCGGCGGUGGCGGAGCUGCAGCCGUUCCUGGAGGUGACGCGCUCGGCCCUGCAGCGGUCUCUUGAUGUGAAUUUUGGGGCUGUGCUUCAUGUUUCCCAGAUAGUUGCUCGGCAGAUGAUUGCACAGGGGGUGCCAGGAGCUAUUGUGAACGUCUCCAGCCAGGCAUCGAAGCGUGCACUGAGGGAUCAUGCUGUCUAUUGUUCCACAAAAAGUGCUCUGGAUAUGCUGAGCAAAGUAAUGGCAAUGGAAUUGGGACCCCACAAGAUUAGGGUGAACACUGUGAACCCCACCGUGGUUAUGACUGACAUGGGGAGAAUUAACUGGAGUGACCCUCAGAAAUCUGCUGCCAUGAUUAAUCGGAUUCCCCUGGGAAAGUUUGCAGAGGUGGAUGAUGUGGUGAACAGCAUUCUCUUCCUGCUGAGUGACAAGAGUGCCAUGACAACUGGCAGCUCACUGAUGAUUGACGGGGGCUUUCUUGUCUCCUAAGAUGACACCUGCAUUUCACACCUGACCUCAGUUUUCAUAUGAAUACUGCCUAGAUGUAAACUGGAUAGAAAACAAUGACUUGCUUCUUGCCAGAGGGGCAGCAGGGCUGAAGAUUGUAUUAGAAGUGAGGCAGGAAAUCAGCUCUGCAAGGCUGCUAUAUAAUAAAGCUCACAUACACCUUCA